AUGGUUCAUGCUAACCCUGGGGCCGGCGGGGCCUGGCGUGAAUGGAAGGCCUGGUACUACGACACCGUCGACGAGGCCGGCCUCACGAACGAGGUCUUCGCCCCCGGGACCCUACACAUAGACUACACCUCCAUCCUCGGCGGGCAGCCCUUUGACAUCGACGCCAGCGCCUGGACCACGCAGCUCAUCGGCAUGCUGCGUCGCCUCGACGGCAAGCAGCACUUGUACACCGCCGUGCUCGCUGAGCUCCCGCAGCCCGGGGCGGGCCAAGCCCGGCCGGAGACGUGCAAGGCCUAUUCGCAGGGCGGGGCGAGCAUGGUCGUGCAGGCGGUGCCGGGUGGGCAUAUCAUGCAGAAUGGGGCUCAAGCGACUUUCGAGAUGGUGCGAGUGCCGGAGCUCGAGGCCAAGGGCCUGAACCCCUGGAGGAUCCGGGGCCAGACCGUCAACCUGGCCUGGCAGAAUGGCAACAAGGCCGUCGUCGACUCUAUCAAGACCGACCGCACAGGAGAAGAAAACUGA